CAAAAUCUUUGACAUCCAGCGUUUGUCAGCAUUACAAUCAGUUUUGUAGGUUUUCUACGGCUCGAGUUCAGUUUUCGUUGAACAACUUCACCGGCUAAACCUGUCUGCACUAAAAGAACAACCCCAAGAUGUUUCGCAAUCAGUACGACAGCGACGUAACAGUAUGGAGUCCUCAGGGUCGUCUGCACCAAGUGGAAUACGCUAUGGAAGCCGUAAAGCUGGGUUCUGCCACGGUUGGGUUAAAAAGCCGCACGCACGCUGUGAUCAUCGCAUUGAAAAGAGCCUCCAGUGAACUAUCGGCGCACCAGAAGAAAAUCAUCCCUAUUGAUAAUCAUAUUGGCAUCACUAUCUCAGGUCUCACUGCCGACGCUCGCAUGUUGAGCCGCUACAUGCGUACCGAAUGUCUCAACUACAAAUAUUCGCAUGAUUCUCUUUUGCCUGUAAACCGACUCAUUGCGGCGCUUGGGAACAAAAUGCAGGUAUGCACACAGCGUUACGAUCGUCGUCCUUAUGGUGUAGGUCUUCUUGUCGCCGGGUACGAUGAUUUGGGCCCACAUAUCUAUCAAACUUGUCCAUCAGCCAAUUACUUUGAUUGUAAAGCCAUGUCAAUUGGCGCGCGCUCACAAAGUGCAAGAACUUAUCUAGAGAAGCAUUUAGAUGAGUUUGUUGCUUGUACUCUGGAAGAACUCGUCAAACACGGUUUGAGAGCAUUGCGCGAUACAUUGCCGAAUGAGAUUGAUUUGAACACCAAGAAUGUCUCCAUUGGUUACAUUGGGGAAGGAAUUGAGUUUAAAAUAUUGGAUGAGAAUGAAACUGCAGUGUAUCUGCAAUUAAUUGAAGGUGAGGAGAGACGCGGUGUAGCUGCACCACAACAGGAAGGCGCUGCGCCGGCCAGAGAUGCUGCGGGGGACGAUGGACCGAGGGAUCCAGCUCCAGCAGUGGCGAUGGACACAGAAUAAUUUCAUUUUCUAAUGAAACAUCAAUUUUCUGCAUGUUUUUGGAGAGAUUCGAUGUGGAAACCGGCGGUUUUUGGAAGGAAAUCACUGAUUUUAUGCCGUGGCUGCUAGGGUUUUAAAAUGUAUUUGAAUUUUGGCAGUCACGGCAUGUUUAAAGUUAAUAAUAACGGUUUAUACUUGGUAAUUAAAUAAAUAUUGCUUUUACAAAUAAUAGAAGUACUCCUGAAGCUGUUCAAUUAUGUUGGCAAUUUUCGAUUAACUUCACUCCGAACAUGCAGGCGUUUAAUUUUAUAUCAUUUUAUGUUUUGUAUUUCUUGUCAUUAUUAAAAUCAAAUAAUUUUCAGCUAGA